GGCUCCCAGCGCGGCGGGGGAAGCCACGGAUAAGCGCUCCGAGGGGAUGAAGCCCGCCGCCCCCGCGGAGGGAGGAAAGCGGCGCCAGGGCUUGGCCGAUAAAGACACAAUGAAAGGAAAAAAGACGCGAUCUCUUUCUGAAGAUUCAACUGUGGCUCCAGUGGAAGAACAGACAAAGACAAAAAGCACUAACACAUACAGACUGGAGUCACGUAAUAAAUUUCAGGAUUGUUUAGUAAGAGACAAAGCUCAACAAAUACUAACGAGUAAACUUCAACAAGCCAACUACGAUGGAGCUUCUAGUCCCUUCUUGUGUGCUUCAAUCUCAGAAGAAAUAUUAAAGGCUGUGAAGGGAUUUGGCUUUGACCGUUAUAAAUAUGUGGUAUCAGUGCUAAUUGUGGAAAAGACAGAUCAGGCAAUGAUUGUUGCCAGCAGAUGCCUCUGGGAUGUUCAAAGAGACAAUUGGGUUUCAGCUAAAUGUGAAACUGAAACAUUUAUUGCGCUGGCUUUGGUAAUGGCUUGUUAUUACGACUAAUACUUUGAAAGCCACAGAUGGAUUCGUGCAUCACAGUACAUGGUACAUUUGCAAAUUUUCAGAGCAUCAUUAUUUUAGUAUUCAUUUUUAUCCUAUUGCUGUUGGCACAUUGAAACUGACAUACAGUUGAGAUAAUUUUCUUCUUUUUUUCUCUGUUAAGAAAAAAAACAACCCCCCCAAAAAAAAACUUUGGAACAUAUGUACAUGAGUACAUAUGGGUUUCAUCUGUUUAAUGCUCUGCUGUGGAAGUGAAAGCAGCUGGUGUUAAGGCCAAACAUUGGAAAAUUUUGAAUGUU